GACAAUGUCAUCUUCAUCUUCAUCUGAAACUAUAUGUUGUAUACUUUAACCCAUACCAUGAUAAAUGAAUCCCUCGACCUUUCGGAUUCAACGGGUGAUGUUGAGGAAAUCUACCUAAUAAUUCCGACCACAACUUUUUAAAUCUCUCGCCAAAAGCUCGACAAACAAAACUAGACCUAUGGUUCAGACUUACCGUUGGCAAUUAACGAAUCAAAUUUAAUUGGUUCGAUUAUGUGGUGUUGAAUACUUAUGCAUAGAACCACACCUCCCUCGGCUCCUAAUGAGCCUUUGAAAGAAACAAUUGUGUCAAUAAUGCCAGUGAAUGGUUACACAUCACCUGCACUCCCUCCAAUCGACACCUCAAAUUCCCCAUUCUCUGCAGACUUAUAUCACCAUACGCCCGUCAGGGGUUCCAAGCCUUCUUAUAAGCCACUGGAUAUUGAUAGAGAGGAGAUUCGCCUGCUUAUUCUUCCAUGUGCCGGCUCCAGUGGCCAGAACUACGAAUUCAUUCAUGUUUCUCUACUCACCAAUGUUAAAUAUGAGGCAUUGUCUUAUGCAUGGGGUGAUCUGCCUGCAAACAAAACAAUCAAGAUUGAUAAGACAGACUACUACGUGCGAGACAAUUUAUUUGCAGCACUAGAAGCUCUUCGUUUGCGGAGUCGGCGGCGUUAUCUAUGGGUGGAUGCUGUAUGCAUCAAUCAAGAGGACUUCGAUGAGCGAAAUGCGCAAGUUGCACUUAUGAGUCAAAUAUAUGCCCAAGCAGAUGAAGUUGUUGUGUGGUUGGGGAAAGCUGGAAGAGAUUACUGGGGCGCAAUGACUUUGCUAGACAGUCUAGGCAAUCCCGCAACGUCUGCGAAAGAGCUAUCGAGAUCCAUAACAGAACAUGCAGCUGUUUCUCAUGUAAAGUUUUGGAAUGAAUUGUCUAUGCUGUGCCACAGGCCAUAUUGGCAAAGACUUUGGAUUAUACAAGAGUUAGUCCUCGCUUCAAAAAUCAAAGCUCACUGCUCAUCACUAAUCUUUGAUUGGGAGCGCCUAGAUUGGGUAUUUCGACGAAUGAAUACUAUUCAAGAAACAUCCACAAACUUAUAUGUUGGUACAUCGUUAGCUGGAGGCGGCGAUAAAGGAUACUUUAGCUUGCUUCAGACACUGGAAGCUAUACGAAAUAGUGUACCCUCUCGAUUAUCCAAGAGGAGACAAGAGAUCAAGGAACGAAUCCCACUGCUAGAUCUUUUUCUGACCCACAGUGAAGCAUUAUGCUCCGAUCAAAGGGAUAGGUUUUUUGGCUUGUAUAGCCUUGCGAAGGAUUGCUGCACCAAGGCCACGCCUGCAGAUUAUAGACAAACUUUUUUCGAAACUAUAUCUAUGGUUACUCUGCAUCAUUUCCGUCGCCACACCGAUAAACUUGACGUUCUUCAGAAAUAUGAACACUUCCGACAGACUCUUGCGAGAACGAUGCCCGAUUCAAUUCAUAUCGUGCAAGAUUUCCUUGAUCAUAACCCAGAUGCUUUGGAAGGUCAAGAGAUCAUGAAAGCAGUUGGAAACGUUCGAGGAUCCAUUGUGUAUAUUAGCCCACCGCUAAGAGAUUUAAGCUUAACAGACUAUCUUCGAGGUUUAGACUUUCUGGACCUAAAUGCAACUCCACUCAUCGAGGAUCAAUUGCGGUACUUUUUUCAUCAACGCGGCGGUAAAGGAUACUUUCACGAUGACCGACUUCAUAAUAUCGAUGAUAUUUGCAAUUAUGGGAGUCGCGAGAAAUGCUCAUUCUCAGCUUUUUUUUUGAACGCUGCCCCAAAAGUUGAAGAUAUCGAACGCCGGACUUCUGAUGUAUUAAGCCCGCGUCAAAAGUCGCUGCCACCUGGAAAGAGAGAUCGCAUAGUGAAUCAACUAAUGUUCUCGUUUAAUCAAACCCUCCACGAAGCAAAAUGGAAGGCAGAGCAAUCUAGCAAUACUACACAAGUCAGGUUGUUCUUGGAAGAGAAUGGGAUGAUAGGAUACGUAUCAAAUAAUGCACAAGUUGGCGAUCUUAUUGUUCAGUUCCGCGCUACAAGCACUGCUGUAGUCAUGAGAAAGGAUGGAGAUCAAGGUAACAUUGUCGGAAGAGUAUGCGAUUUCCUCGAUCGCCGUUCAAAACAUGGAAAGUCACGUCCUUUUGUAUGCCAAGAUCAAGAUAUCGACGAGAAUGGAUUUGAUGUGCCACCUCAAUUAAUAUGUUUACGCAUGAAACUUUCAGCCUUGCGAAUGUUGGCCAAUGGAAAUCCAAUGUAUAAUUGAACAACCACCCUCGAUAUUUGGGACAUGCAUUCUUGAGCCAUGACUCGAAGUUUGGAUCGGGUUAGAGUGAACAAAUUUAUCUCUCCAAAUUUUACACUCAAUUUGGGAAUCUCAAAAUUGUUCCUCCAUGUGGCUCGAGGGACCAAGCAACGCUUCAAAUAAUUCACAGAAUAGACGGGCAGGCAUUUUGAGUGUCUUCUUUUCUGGGAUCUACGGAUGGCACCCCGUGGGUCCUGUUAGAUAACGAAAUAUACGAAGCAGAAUUUCAAAGAAAGUUAACGAGAGAAAACCCAUCGCGGGAUUUUACUACAUCCUACUACAUCUUGAAAUUACGCUAAAAAUCCUCGACUUCAACCUUUAUGGGAACCUUCGAAGCUCAGAAGAGUUGAUAUCAUGAACCUCUUCGGUACUCUGCGGGCUCCUUAAGCUUUUUUCGUUAAUAUUCGAUUGAGCUCGUGUUCCAUCUCCAGACUGAACUCGCGUCACUCAUGAUCGAUAGUACCUUUGGUCCAAAAUAGACACUCAUCUGGUCGCCAGUGCCGCCUUCGCAUUUUCGGGGUUCCCGCGUCUUAUUGCGUAUUACUCAUCAAUGAGGCGAGGUAUCUUGUCAUAUAAGGCAUUCAAAUGGAAUUUCGUUCAAUUUAGCUUCAAGUAGUUACUCUGUAAAGCUUCCCACAGACUGUUUUUCUUUUCAAUAUCUUGAUUCUUGAUAAAACAUGAGCAAAGAGGAAGAAGUUUUUAAGACAAUGUGGAUAGCGGACAGCAAUUCUUUGACAACAAGAGCGAUGUAUGUCUUUGAAUUUCCUCAACUUUAACAACAAGCCUUAAAUUGACUUGUUCUGCUAAGAAAUGUUUGUCAUUGGAUUUUAUCGCCCUCAAUUUUUAGCGGAUUAGACAAUUUUGAAUCUUCCGAUGCGUCUGCGUACUUGCACAACGCGCAGAACAAGAUUAGUGAGAUGGAAGACCAGUUGUAUGCAGCUACUAUCGUUAUCACUGGAUGAAAGUCAAAAUGUAUUCCGGAAGUAAAAUUCCGAAACUUCAGGAAGUCACCACGUGAAGUCCACGAUAUGACUAGGGAAUAUACUUUACCGAGCCCGCGCCUACGCCUGGUAACUCACGCAAGUAUAUCUAUCCACCAUUCUUUUCUCUGGAAAAACGACCAAUAAAAAGGCUAGACAGGAUAGGAGCUUGGAUUUUGUCCCGGGCGAUAGUACGAGUAGCAUAUGAUGUAUAGUCCCUACAUUGAGGAUGUAGGCUCGUGCAUGAUCUUUUUGGUCAAGAGCUAUUGGUUGGAUAAUAAGGUACAAUACGAUACCAGGUAAUAAUAUGGAUCUUAAUGAUAUAUUCACAAACUUUAAUA